CUUGGGGGGCUGGAGGAGCCGGGUGGCGGGGCUGCGGGCAUCGAGGGCCUGUGAGCGAGAGCCGAGCCGAGCCCAGAGGCAGGAGGAGCGGCGGGCGGCGGCGCCCCCCAAAUCGUGACCCAGCAUGUCAGUGAGCGUCCAUGAGACUCGCAAGUCCCGAAGCAGCACAGGUGCCCUAAACGUCACCCUGUUCCACAAGGCCUCGCACCCCGCCUGCGUGCUAGCCCAACUCGACACGCUGCGGCAGCACCACAUGUUCACCGACGUGACACUCUGGGCUGGUGAACGUGCUUUCCCAUGCCACCGUGUCGUGCUGGCUGCCUCCAGCCGCUACUUCGAGGCCAUGUUCAGUCAUGGGCUGCGUGAGAGCCGUGACGAGGCCGUGCACUUCCGAGACAGCCUGCACCCCGAGGUGCUUGAGCUGCUACUGGACUUCGCCUACUCAGCACGCGUGGCCAUCCACGAGGAAAACGCCGAGUCAUUGCUGGAGGCAGCCGACAUGCUGCAGUUCCCCGAAGUGCGCGAUGCAGCUGCCGAGUUCCUAGAGAAGCAGCUGGCGCCACCCAACUGCCUGGCUAUGCUGUUACUGGCCGACGCACACCAGUGUCGCCGGCUCCGGGAGGCUUCCUGGCACAUGUGCCUGAGUCACUUCGAGGCGGUGCGACACAGCGAGGCCUUUGCCAGCCUCUCCGAGGACACACUGCGGGCCCUGGUGUCUAGCGACGAGCUGGAGACGGAGGAUGAGAGGGCCGUCUUCGAGGCCAUCCUGCAGUGGGUGCGGCACGACCGUGAGGCCCGCCAGGCUCACCUACCCGAGCUACUGCGCAGCGUGCGGCUGGCCCUGCUGCCCGCCGACUGCCUGCGGGAUGCUGUGGCCCGGGAGGCCCCGCUGCUGGCUGAUGCAGCUGCCCAGCUGCUCAUUGCUGAGGCACUGCGCUGCAAGAGCCGCAUCCUGCAGCAUGGCGGCGUGGUCAGCAGCCCCUGUGCCCGGCCCCGCAAAGCUGGCCAUACGCUGCUCAUCCUGGGAGGCCAGACCUUCAUGUGCGACAAGAUCUACCAGGUGGACCAGCGGGCCAAGGAGAUUGUGCCCAAGGCCGACUUGCCCAGCCCCCGCAAGGAGUUCAGUGCCUCUGCCAUCGGCUGCCGCGUAUAUGUGACAGGUGGCCGAGGCUCCGAGAAUGGCGUCUCCAAGGAUGUGUGGGUGUAUGACACAGUGCGUGAGGAGUGGUCCAAGGCGGCGCCCAUGCUCAUCGCCCGUUUUGGUCAUGGUUCAGCUGAGCUGGACAACUGCCUGUACGUGGUUGGGGGCCACACGUCACUGGCUGGAGUCUUCCCCGCCUCCCCAUCAGUGUCCCUGAAGCAGGUGGAACGCUAUGACCCGGCAGCCAACAAGUGGGCCAUGGUGGCACCGCUGCGCGAUGGUGUCAGCAACGCAGCCGUGGUGAGCGCCCGGCUCAAGCUCUUUGUCUUUGGGGGCACCAGCAUCCACCGCGACCUAGUGUCCAGGGUCCAGUGCUAUGACCCCAGUGAGAACCGCUGGGCCAUCCGUGCCGAGUGCCCGCAGCCCUGGCGCUACACAGCUGCUGCAGUGCUGGGCAGCCAGAUCUUCAUCCUGGGUGGUGACACCGAGUUCACAGCCGCCGCUGCCUACCGCUUCGACUGCGAUACAGACCAGUGGACGCGCGUCGGGGACAUGACGGCCAAGCGCAUGUCCUGCCACGCCCUGGCCUCAGGCAACAAGCUCUAUGUGGUGGGCGGCUACUUUGGGACCCAGCGCUGCAAGACUCUGGACUGCUACGACCCCAUGUCAGACACAUGGCACUGUGUCACCACCGUGCCCUACUCACUCAUCCCUACAGCCUUCGUCAGCACCUGGCGCCACCUGCCCACUUGAGCCACUCCCAGGCCCCAUGCAGCCCUCAGGGCCUGGGCAGAGCAGAGUGCCCAGAGGGCUGGUGACAGGCUGCAGGGCAGUGGUCUGGGCCCAGCCAAGCAGGUGGCAAUUGUUUGGCUUCAGUGAUCCCACAGUGAUCCCACAGGGCUGGCGCGGAGCAGCCCCAAGGCUUGGUUGGCAGCCAAGUGAUGGGGUGUCCAGGCUACCCUGUAUUCCCAUGCCUUGGCCUGGUGCAUACAACUUGUGGCUGAGCUAGCACUCUCCAGAAGGACCCCACAGUCCAUGUCCCAUCCAUAGCUGGGAGCUGUAGCCAGCUCUAUCCAGGAGCCUGAGUUCUGGAGCCAAGCUCCCCACCAAUUAGCACCUCUAGAUCACUGUGGAUGGCUUUGUGGGAACCAUCCACAGACCCAGGCACCUCUCUAGGACCUAGGGCCACUGGCCUGUCCCCAGGGCUGCCACAAGUCAUUGCUCCCUCCCCACUACCAUGGACUCCCCCUACAUCGUGCAGGGAAAUGGCGGGGAGGGGGCCCUAAGCCUGGCCCCAACCAUCUAAGCACACACAAGAGAGCACACAACACUUGCAGUGCUGCUCCCCUUCACCCCGGGGUGAGCCCUCCAGGAAAUAAAGCACUGAGACAG